UCCUCCUUUCUCCGUCCGUAUCUGCGCACUAGGUCCGCGCGCACCAAGUGUCUCGCCGCCGCCGACGUUGCGCACUGAUCGUAUAGUACCGCGAGUAGCAGAGCUGCUGCCAGAGAGCUCUAUGCCUUCGCCUGCACGAGCGCUGCCGAGCGGAACUGCUGCCUUUAGCUCGCUGCUCUGAACAGUCUAUUGCUUUCUCUGUCUCACUCUCUCUGGAUUUUAGUGUUAGUAUGAAGCGUGAUCCGACCUCGCGGCUACGCAACGGACUAUAUACACUGCGAUUUUUAGGGCAUUAUACGUGCGACACGCGGCGGUAGAGAACUAACAAGAACUCCACACCAGCGAUAACGCGUGUGCUCAUUGGUCGAGCCUCAAGGCGCCGCGAUGCCGAGACGCGAUACCUUAUUGGCCGACACUAGCAUCACGUGAUACAGUAACAAUCGGACGCUCUAACAUUUAAAUUUCAGUGUAGCACCAUUCAUUCUUUAAAAUUAUCUUGCUCAUUUUGCUGUUUUAGUUUUUACGGAUAACGCAAUAUCAUUCGAGUCGUCAACUUUUUUUUCCGAAAAAAUAUUUUUAUAUCGAAACUCCGAUGCGAUUCUUUUCCUUUAGUUGGUUUCUCAAAUUAUUUUAACUGAUUUACUGAUCUUAUCUACAGAAUUAACAAAAAAAAUGUUGGGUGUAAGAAGUCAAGCAGCUCGUUUGAUUUCCACAAACUCUGCGGCUCCACUGAGGACAAAAAAAGGAAGACUAAUGGAGUCAAUAAUAAGAGUUGACCAUGCUGGUGAAUUGGGAGCAGACAGAAUUUAUGCCGGGCAGAUGGCUGUAUUAGGGAACACAGCAUCUGGUCCAACGAUUCAACACAUGUGGGAUCAAGAGAAGAUUCACAGACAAAAAUUUGAGGAGCUUAUCAAAAAGCACGGGGUUAGACCAACCAUCUUCUUACCAGUUUGGAAUGUAGCAGGAUUUCUGUUAGGUGCUGGCACCGCAUUGUUAGGUCAAAAAGCGGCGAUGGCAUGUACGGUAGCCGUGGAAAAAGUCAUUGUUGAGCAUUACAAUGACCAAUUGAGAUCGCUCAUGGAUAUCAGCGACGAGAGCGACAAAGAGAUAAUGGAUGCGAUAAAACAGUUCAGAGAUGAAGAACAGGAUCAUCACGAUACGGGAUUGGAGCAUGGAGCAAAACAGGCGCCUUUUUAUCAGGCAAUAACAAAUGUUAUCGAGGUUGGAUGUAAGACAGCUAUAGCAAUAUCCAAGGUUAUCUAGUAGUGUUAGCAAUUAGAUAUUGAUUUUCUAAGAUUUUACAAAUAUGUUAUGUUAUAAAGAAUUGGCGGGUUAAAUUACAUCUUGUUAUAUAAAGAUAAAUAAAUAAAAGAACG